GGAAUAAUAGUGUUUAAAUAAAUUUCUUUUAAAUUUAUUCUAAAAUGAGUGGCUCAGAGAUUGAUUACGAUAGUGAUCAAAAAAUAUCAGAUUCUCAUUCUAAACUUUUAGAAGCAGUGGCACAACUCGAUAAAGGACAGAGGGUUAAGAAACCAGAAAGAACAGAACCAACAUUAGAAGUAUCUGAAUUUCAUUUAGUUAAAAGUGGAAUAUCUGAUAAAGAUGCAGUAUCUGUUCAAAAUUUAGUAAAGUUGUUAGGAAAUAAGGGACAUCAUACAGAGAUAAGUAAGAGAUUUAAUGCAGCUCAGAAAAAAACUAAAGUUCUUUCUAAGCCAUUAGAAAAACCUUCUGCUGAUCGUAUAAAAAGAGUGGUUGGAUUUGAAAAAACUAAACAACAAGUAAAAAAAUGGAAUGGAAUAAUUUCAUACAACAGAACUGCAGAAAAGGUUUAUUUUCCUCUGAAUCAACUAUCUGUUGAAGUGGAACCGACCACACAAUUUGUUAAAAGAUUUAAACUGCAGUCAAAUUUAGAAAAACAAUUAGCUGCAUUAGAACCAGAGCCAGAAAAAGUAGAAGAAAAAGAAGAUAAAGUUUCAAUGACUUUAGAAGAAGUACUAGAAAGGAGAAAAGAAGCUGCUCGCAUGAGAGCUUUACAGUCUUACAGAGAAGCAAAAGCAUAUAGACAAAAAAGAAUAAAGAGUAAAAAAUUCCACCGUGUUCAGAGAAAGGGAAGGAUGAAACAACAACUUAAAGAAUAUGAGGAAUUACAAAAAUCAGAUCCGCAGGCCGCUUUAGAAAAACUAAUGUUGCUUGAUAAAUCCAGAGCAGAAGAACGAAUAACGCUAAGGCAUAAAAAUACAGGUCAAUGGGCAAAGAGUAAACAAAUAAGAGCAAAGUAUGACAAAGAAACACGUCAAGUUCUUGCACAGCAAUUGUCUAUUGGUAGAGAAUUGACACAACAUUUGAAAGUAGCAGAUGAUAGUAAUGAUGAUGAUGAUGAUAAUGAACAGGAUUCAAUGUCUUUACAACUUUCUGAUAAUACAAAAGAAAAUCCAUGGAUAAAUGAAGUUAAAACUGAAUCGGAAAUCAAUGAAUUUAUCAGCAGUUAUCGUAAAUAUUGGGAUGGAAAAAAUUUAAAAGCAAAUAAUCAAAAUUCUAUUUCUCAUCAAACAAAUAAUACGUCUCAGGAAAAUGAUUUUGAAAAUAAUAAGACUGUUUCUUCUAAAGGGCAAUUAAUUACUAAAAAGAAUGAAUUAAAAAAAAACAAGAAAUCCUUAAUUGCAGAUAAAAAAGUAAAAAGUGAGUUUAAUGGCAUGCUUGAUAUGAAUGGAUCUAUAGAAGCCAUAACGGUAAAUAAUGAUGAUAAAAUAUUGGAUAAAGUAGCUGCUACAUCUGCUUGGAAUGUACAGGAAUGUGAGACUUUAAAUACUGAUGAUGUGAAAAAUAACUCAACAUUAUUAUCUGAGAAAAUAGAUGAAAUGUUUGACCUUAUGGAAGAUAAAAUGCAAAAACGAAUUCGUACGCAGAUAAGUCGUGUGAAAAGAAAGUUUAAUAUUGACAUGGAGAAGAAAAAUAAUAAUGACAAUGAAUCUAAUGUAGACGAACCUGAUAUAGAAGAGUUGGAGUUUAAAAAUAAAAAACAAAAACCGAUUUUGAAUAAGCCUAUGGAAGAGGUAAUUAAAUCUACAAAAUCAUUAAAAGAUGAAGAUGUAAUUAAAUUAAAGAGUUUAGCAAAAAGUAUGGAUAAAACAACUAUUGAUGUUUCCAAAAAUAAAGAUAUGGAUAUAGAUCCAAAUAAAUAUAUUAAUGUAACACCCAAACAUUUAAAUACUGACUUACCAAAUGUUACGACCGAUGGAGACGAUAUUUUAGAUGAUAACGAAGAUGAAGAAGAAAUACAUAACAUAAUAAGCGAAGCUUUUGCAGACGAUGAUGUAGUUGACGAAUUUAGAAAAGAAAAAGAAGAAGAGAUAAAGAAAUCGCAACCAGAGAAUAUAGAUCUUAGUUUACCAGGAUGGGGAUCUUGGGGUGGAACGAAUAUAAAACAAUCGUACCGUAAAAAGAAACAAUUUAUUAUAAAUGUACCAAAAGAUGCACCGCGUAAAGAUGAAAAUAAAGGCGAUGUUAUAAUAAUCGAAGACGAGGAUGCCAAAAUAAGAGAACAUCAAGUAAAUGAAUUACCAUUUCCAUUUUCAACCGUUAGAGAUUUUGAAGCUAGUAUCAGGGCACCGAUUGGACGAAAUUUCGUUCCGGAAAAUGAUCAUAAAAAGUUGAUCGAGCCUCCUGUACAGACGGCUAUGGGAAAAAUUAUUGAGCCUAUGGAUGAAAAUGUACUGAUUGAUAAAAAGAAAAUUAAGAAACGAAAAAAUGUAAAUGAAAACAAAACAAUUAUACCUAUUAAUAAGAAAAAAUCAAAGCAAUUAUAACAUAGAUAAUAAAAUUAUGCAAUUUAUGAUCCAAGUUUUUUAUUCAUGCAUACGUAUUUUAUAAUUUUGUUUAUAGAAAUAUCAAAAUAUAAUUAGAAAAUAAUUAGAAGUGACCAUGAAGAAUAUUGUC